AUGAGUUCUCUCGACGGCUACUUUGACCUGGGAUCCUACGGCCGGCCCAUAACCACCAGCUCCAAAGAAGCCCAGCGCUGGUUCGACCGCGGUCUCGUUUGGGCCUACGGCUUCAACCACGAUGAAGCCGCUCAAUGCUUCGAAACCGCCGUUUCGUACGAUCCCACCUGCGCGAUGGCCCACUGGGGCGUUGCGUUUGCAUCGGGGCCCAACUACAACAAGGCAUGGCAGCUUUUCGACCACGAGGACUUGAUGGCCUCUGUGCACAAGACCUACAACGCAUCCCGUCGAGCGAUGGGCUUGAUCGACAAUGCAUCGCCUUUCGAGCGCAGCCUGAUCGAAGCAACGCAACAUCGAUACGAGCGCGAGCCCGAUGUCGACUGGGACCGGUACAAAGCCCGCAACACGGCCUAUGCCGAUGCCAUGAAGCCCUUCUAUGAAAGUUUCCCCGACGACCUGGAUGCGUGCACGCUCUACGCCGACGCGAUGAUGAACAUGACCCCCUGGCAACUCUGGGACCUGGACACCGGCAGGCCAGGCGAGGGAACCAGGACAUUGCAAAUAAAGGCUGUCCUGGAGCACGGACUGAGCAUGCCAGGCGCCCGAUACCACCCGGGCAUCCUGCACAUGUACAUCCACUGCAUCGAGAUGAGUCCGUGGCCCGAACUGGGCCUCAACGCCGCGGACCACCUGCGCGGUCUGGUCCCGGAUGGGGGACACCUGCAGCAUAUGCCCUCGCAUCUCGACGUGCUGGUGGGCGAUUACCGCCGCGCAAUGGCAUCGAAUUACGACGCCACCAUUGCUGAUGAGAAGUUCGUCGCCAGGCACGGCAGCUUGAACUUCUACUCCUUCUACCGCAUGCACAACUACCACUCCCUGAUCUACAGCGCCAUGUUCUCCGCGAAAAAGACCACCGCUUUCGAGACCCUCGACCGCAUGGAGGCUACUCUCCCCAUUGAAGUCCUCCGCGUCCAAUCCCCCCCGCUGGCCGACUGGCUCGAGACCUUCUUCGCCGUCCGCCCACACGUCCUGGUCCGCUUCGGCAUGUGGGAUGAAAUCCUCGCCCUCCCCCUACCCAAAGAACAAGACCAAGACCUGCUGUGCGUAACCACCGCCACAAUCCACUACGCCAAGGGCAUCGCAGCAUCCGCCCUCGGCAAUCUCACCCAAGCACAGGACCACCGCCGCCUCUUCCAGGCCGCAUGCAGGCGCGUCCCCGCUUCCAGAAAGAUGUUCCCAAACUCCUGCAUCGACAUCCUAGCCGUCGGCGAGGCAAUGCUCGACGCCGAGCUGAGCUACCGUAGCGGCGAGACCGAGCGCGCGUUUGAACAGCUCCGCCAGGCAAUCGUCCGAGACGACGCGCUGGUCUAUUCAGAGCCGUGGGGGUGGAUGCAGCCGGUGCGUCAUGCGUAUGCGGCGCUGCUGCUGGAGCAGGGGCGUGUCGAGGAGGCGGCGGAGUGUUACUGUGAUGAUUUAGGGCUGAAUGGGACUCUGGCGCGCGCGCAUCAACAUCCGAAUAAUGUUUGGGCUUUGGCGGGUUAUCAUGAGUGUUUGGUCAAUUUGGGGAGGGAGAAUGAGGCGAAGAUGAUUGAGACGCCGUUGAGUGUUGCGAGGGCUGUGGCGGAUGUUGAGGUUGAGUAUUCUUGUUUCUGUAGGGGGAGGGAUGCAGUUAGUUCGAAGUGA